UGCCUGUCUUACCAGUCUUCUGAGGUCCGGAAUGAUGACUGACGCGGGUUGGUGUGAUAUCCCCCACAGUCCCUGUCAUUCCCCAGUGAUAAGGGGCGCGCACGUCUAGCCCCAGCACCAGGGUAAAAAGAAGGAAAAAAAAAAAGAAAGAAAAAGCAGCUCUAGAAGGAGGAAAGCUUCCGCUUGCGGAGCGGACAAAAGUACCGCCUUCCCACGGGUUUCUGGGUGAGGCGAGGGCUCCAGACUCGCCGGGUCCUGCCCGCCGGCCGCUCUCCCGGCAGAUGGUGUGUGGCCGCCGCAGGACGCCCGCCGCGCCCCGGCCCCGGCCAUGAAGUAGCGGCCGCUGCCCACCGGCCCCAGCGCUGCGCCGCCGGCUCUCCCCUCUCCCGGCGGGGCCGGAGCGGGUGGACAUGGCUGGCGUUCCGAGCCUGCUACUUCUCCUCCUCGUGUUUCAAAGCGGCUGCCUGGGGUUCAGAAGCCCCCUUUCUGUCUUUAAGAGGUUUAAAGAAACUACCAGAUCAUUUUCCAAUGAAUGUCUUGGUACCACCCGGCCAGUAACUCCUAUCGAUUCAUCUGAUUUUGCAUUAGAUAUUCGAAUGCCUGGGGUCACACCUAAACAGUCUGAUACAUACUUCUGCAUGUCAAUGCGUUUGCCAAUGGAUGAGGAAGCCUUCGUGAUUGACUUCAAACCUCGUGCCAGCAUGGAUACUGUCCAUCAUAUGUUACUUUUUGGAUGCAACAUGCCUUCGUCCACUGGAAGUUACUGGUUUUGUGACGAAGGAACCUGUACAGACAAAGCCAACAUCCUGUAUGCCUGGGCAAGAAAUGCUCCCCCUACCAGACUCCCCAAAGGUGUUGGAUUCAGAGUUGGAGGAGAGACUGGAAGUAAAUACUUUGUACUACAAGUACACUAUGGGGACAUUAGUGCAUUUAGAGAUAAUCACAAGGACUGUUCUGGUGUGUCCUUACAUCUCACACGCCUGCCACAGCCCUUAAUUGCUGGCAUGUACCUUAUGAUGUCUGUUGACACUGUUAUACCAGCGGGAGAGAAAGUGGUGAAUUCUGACAUUUCAUGUCAUUAUAAUAAUUACCCAAUGCAUGUCUUUGCCUAUAGAGUUCACACUCAUCAUUUAGGUAAGGUAGUAAGUGGAUACAGAGUAAGAAAUGGACAGUGGGCACUGGUUGGACGCCAGAGCCCCCAACUGCCACAGGCUUUCUACCCUGUGGAGCACCCAGUAGAUGUUAGUUUCGGUGACAUAUUAGCAGCAAGAUGUGUAUUCACUGGUGAAGGAAGGACAGAAGCCACACACAUUGGUGGCACAUCUAAUGAUGAAAUGUGCAACUUAUACAUUAUGUAUUACAUGGAAGCCAAGCAUGCAGUUUCCUUCAUGACCUGUACACAGAAUGUAGCUCCGGAUAUGUUCAGAAACAUACCACCAGAGGCCAAUAUUCCAAUUCCUGUGAAGUCUGAUAUGGUUAUGAUGCAUGGACAUCACAAAGAAACAGAGAACAAAGAUAAGACUUCUUCACUUCAGCAGCCAAAACAAGAAGAAGUGUUAGAACAGGGUGAUUUCUAUUCACUGCUUUCCAAGCUGCUAGGAGAAAGGGAAGAUGUUGUUCAUGUGCAUAAAUACAAUCCUACAGAGAAGGCAGAGGCAGAGGCAGACCUGGUAGCUGAGAUUGCAAAUGUAGUCCAAAAGAAGGACCUUGGGCGAGCUGAUGCCAGAGAGGGUGCAGAGCGUGAGGGGAAGGGCAAUGCUAUUCUUGUCAGAGACAGAAUUCACAAGUUUCACAGACUAGAAUCUACUCUGAGGCCAGCAGAGAGCAGAGUUUCCUCAGUACAGCAGCCCCUACCUGGUGAAGGCACCUGGGAAUCAGAACACACAGGAGAUUUCCAUGUAGAAGAGGCGCUGGACUGGCCUGGAGUAUACUUGUUACCAGGCCAGGUUUCUGGGGUGGCUGUGGACCCUAAGAAUAACCUGGUGAUUUUCCACAGAGGUGACCAUGUCUGGGAUGGAAACUCUUUUGACAGCCAGUUUGUUUACCAGCAAAGAGGACUUGGGCCAAUUGAAGAAGACACUAUUCUUGUCAUCGAUCCAAAUACUGCUGCAGUACUCCAAUCCAGUGGGAAAAAUCUGUUUUACUUGCCACACGGCUUGAGUGUGGAUAAAGAUGGAAAUUACUGGGUCACUGACGUGGCUCUGCAUCAGGUGUUCAAACUGGAUCCGAACAGUGAGGCAGGCCCUCUGCUAAUCCUGGGAAGGAGCAUGCAACCAGGCAGCGACCAGAAUCACUUCUGUCAGCCCACCGAUGUGGCCGUGGAUCCAGACACCGGAGCCGUCUUUGUGUCAGACGGUUACUGCAACAGUCGGAUUGUGCAGUUUUCUCCAAGUGGAAAGUUCAUCACACAGUGGGGAGAAGAAUCUUCAGGGAGCAAUCCCAAACCAGGCCAGUUUACUGUUCCUCACAGCUUGGCCCUUGUGCCUCAUUUGGGUCAAUUAUGUGUGGCAGACAGGGAAAAUGGUCGGAUCCAGUGUUUUAAAACUGACACCAAAGAAUUUGUGCGAGAGAUUAAGCAUGCAUCAUUUGGAAGAAAUGUAUUUGCAAUUUCAUAUAUACCAGGUUUGCUCUUUGUGGUGAAUGGGAAGCCUCACUUUGGGGACCAAGAACCAGUACAAGGAUUUGUGAUGAACUUUUCCAGUGGGGAAAUUAUAGACAUCUUCAAGCCAGUGCGCAAGCACUUUGACAUGCCUCAUGAUAUUGCUGCCUCUGAAGAUGGGACUGUGUACGUUGGAGACGCUCACACCAACACCGUGUGGAAGUUCAUCACAACUGAAAAAAUGGAACACCGGUCAGUUAAGAAGGCUGGCCUUGAGGUCCAGGAAACCAAAGAAUCCGAGGCAGUUGUUGAAACCAAAAUGGAGAACAAACCCGCCUCCUCAGAAUUGCAGAAGAUGAAAGAGAAAGAGAAACUGAUCAAAGAGCCAGACUCCGGAGUGCCUGUUGUUCUCAUUACCACCCUUCUGGUUAUUCCGGUGGCGGUCCUGCUGGCCAUUGCCAUGUUUAUUCGGUGGAAAAAAUCAAGGGCCUUUGGAGCAGAUUCUGAACAUAAACUCGAGUCAAGUUCAGGAAGAGUGCUGGGAAAACUUAGAGGGAAGGGAAGUGGAGGCUUAAACCUUGGAAAUUUCUUUGCGAGCCGUAAAGGCUACAGUCGCAAAGGGUUUGACCGCCUAAGCACCGAGGGCAGUGACCAAGAGAAAGAUGAAGAUGAUGGGAGUGAACCGCCCCUCCCUCCUCCUGAGCGCCCGGCUUUGCGGGCAUUCUUCUGUGAAAGCCUGAGAGACUUGCCGACUCUCAGCCCAAGCAGCAUCUACUCAACAGCAUAA